GAGUAUUUUGUGGAUAACAUAAUAAUAGUUAUUCUUGUUCUAUUUUCAAGUAAAUUACCAACAAGAAUAUUGACAUCAAGCUUUUUUAUUAUUAUCUCUAAUAAAAAAUCUUUGUUCAUUCGUUUCCACUAAGUGUAAGAAAUAUACUAUAAAUAUUUCAAAACAAUGACUUUAAAUUUAAAGAUAUUUACUUUGAACUGUUGGGGCAUUCCGAUAGUUUCAAAAGACCGCAAAAAAAGAAUAGAAGCAAUAGCUGAAUAUUUGCUUAAAUCAUCUCAUAAUAUAGUUUGCCUGCAGGAGAUUUGGAGUGAAAAUGAUUAUUUAUAUUUAAAGGAUCGGCUACAUAGCUAUCUUCCAUAUAGUUACUAUUUUUACAGUGGUGUCCUUGGUUCUGGUCUAUGCGUGUUCUCAAAGUGGAUAAUACAAGAUGUUUUCUUUCAUCAAUGGCCACUAAAUGGAUACAUUCAUAAGAUACACCAUGGGGACUGGUUUGGAGGAAAAGGUGUUGGAUUAUGCCGUAUUCAAUGCAACAAUAGACUUGUUAAUGUCUAUUGCACGCAUCUCCAUGCAGAGUAUAACGAGGACGACAUAUACCUGGCGCACAGAGUAUUACAAGCAUACUCUACUGCAGAGUUUGUCAGUCUUACGACGCCCCCUGCAGAUGUGUCCAUAUUGGCUGGCGAUUUGAACACUGCACCAGGAGAUUUAUCAUUUAGAUUAAUAACUCAAGUGCCCGCUCUCAUUGAUCCCUGCGGCUUUGAAAGUAUUAUUAAUAAAAACAUUGAGAAACUGUCAGGCACAUGUGAUAACAUAAACAACAGUUAUUCUGAUCCGAAGCUCGUGAAGGUUUGUCCAGAAGGGAAGAGGAUAGAUCACAUCCUGUUUCAUGUUAAUAGAUCUUUAGAGGCUGAGAUAGUUAAUUUCGGUAACCCGCUGGCAGAUCGGGUCCCAGGUGAACAAUUUUCAUAUUCGGACCAUAACGCAGUCUCCUUGGAGUUAAAACUAACACCCUCAAAUAAUAAAUCGAAGCAUAGACAAACGAGCGAAGAGGAACGUUUCCAGGACACCAUAGAGGAAGCAAUAAAAGUUUGCAAAGAGGCCACCGUUACAAUUGCUAAGUCGAGAAAAAUAUUCCUUACAACCGGUGGCCUGAUGUUCAUGUUCCUCUUGGGUUCCGUGGGCUUCUGGCCGAAUAAUAUAUUCUCUGAUGUGUGUAAAAUAGUAAUAACUGGUAUAUGCUUCUAUUAUAUAAUAAUGGGCACGUUGUGGAACAGAAUUGAAAUGAAUAGUUUGAAGGCUGGAUUGACGGCUCUUGAAAAUUUUACUAAAAGUAGACGUGAGAUUAAAGUCAUUGAUUAAUUAUUAAAUUUUAACAUUUUAUUGUAAAAAUUAAAUAAUGAAUCAAGGAAGUUACUAUGUGUUAGUUUCCAGCAAAAGCUACUUAAGUUUGAGAUGCUAGCAUUUAUUAAAAAAUAAAUAUAUAUUUGUACUUAAGAUAAGAUCAACAGAGGCUUUAAUUCAUGAAUGUGCUAGAAUCAAAAUGUAUCAGUAUUUAUAUAUUUAAUCAGUGUAUAACAUAUCAAGUAUUGUAUAAAAGUUGUUAUUUAUUUUUAAUCUAUCAUCUAAGAUAAACAUUCCUUAGCAUAAAAUGAGAUUCAGAGAUAAUUUCAUUGCUUUUUUUUUCAAUAUAAAG